AUGUCUACCACUGCACAAUCCCCUCUGGUAGCAGCAGCAGCAACAGCAGCACCUGUUCGCAGGCUGCGUGACAGCUGCAACCGGUGUGCGGCCUCGAAAAUAAAAUGCAGCAAGGAGAAACCCUGCUGCGCUCGCUGUGCAAAACAAGGGAAGGUAUGCGAGUACUUUGCGACAAAGCGUGCCGGACGAAAGCCCGGAAAUCGAGCGCAAAAUUCAACUUCACCCCCAGUCACGCAGGCCUGGAUGCCAGCGACGUUAUCCGAGCCCACGGAUAGACAUCCCUCGCCAAUACCACCGUCCACCGAAUCAUAUUCGGAUUUCUUUUCUGCGGGCUUCGUGCCAUCCGACCCAACGAUACCGGCUACGGAAAUGGAUGUCCUGAACUUUCAAAUAGACGACUUCCAAUCAACCUCCCUUUCACUACCCAUGCUAGAGUUGCCAGAUGGGGACGAUCUCGAUGCACUGCUAGCCUCCAGUCAUGAACCCUCAGUCGUGGAAGUGACAACCCCAGCAGCUCGGCCUGCAGACAUCCAAUACGGCCCUGGCGUGACCUGCCAUUUUGCCCGUGCCCUCGGCCUGCUCAAAGAUCUCCCUUCUCCGUCGACCCUAUGUUCCCCGUCCGUUCGAACUCCAUCCGGCCAUGCUCCCACAAUUUAUUCCGUCAUCAACUGCAACGAGCAGGCGGUGGAAGCCAUCAGUGAAAUGCUUCAAUGCGAUUGCACCGAUGACGGACAUCUCCUCGCAAUCCUAGCAAUCAUUGUCCUCAAAAUCCUCACCUGGUAUGCCGUAGUUGUUCGACAAACCCCAAACAUUGAUGCGGAGAGCGCUGAGUGGGGAUUUCCGAGCGUGGAUCAGCCAAUCCAGAAGCGAUAUGCGCCAGAAGGGAAGCGCAGCUAUGGCGUCGACAGUGACGAUCACGUACGUUUGACUGGACAACAGAUACUCAGCCAGUUGCAUCGCGUGCAACGAUUAGUAAACACACUCUCCCAACGCUUUCAGUGCGUAGGUGGUCGAGAUGGCGCACCCCCAACCCCCCCGUUCGAUAACAAUGCGGAUCUCUUUACAUCCAUUGAGACUAUGUUUCCAUUUCCUAUCUCCAUUUUCGAUCAAAUGCAAGCAAACCUGCGCAAGCGUCUUCGUGACUUGUCAGCAGAAAUUAUGGAUCUACUACGGUGA